GCAUUACUGUGUAGAUUGUAGAGCUUUUCACGCUGCACUUUUUAUUUUAACAAUCGACAAAAUUUUGAGCAAUCAAAUUUCGACCAUGGGAAAAAGAUAAUGUUUUCGAUACAACGAAUUCAUUCUUUAUUAUUUCAUUGUUUCAUCAUCUGAUAUGCUUGAUCAAAGGAAAAACUAAAUAUGCCACAAGAUGCAGCGUGAAAAGCUCUACAAUCUACACAGUAAUGCUUGUUGUAAUUGUUUUCAGAAAAAUGGAAAUUCUAUGCAAACAAUUUUUGCAAUGCCCAAAAUUUGUUUCCUCAAAACUUUGUCUAUUUUGAAACAAAAAGUGCAGCUAUAAAAGAAGUGGUCUUAUAUAAAUUGUAGAGCUUUUCACGCUGCAUCUUAUGAUAUAUUUUGGCUGUUCAUAGGGUGUGGGUGGGAUGUGGGUGUGGAUGCGGGUGGCGUGUGGGCGUGGGUGUGAGUUUCUUUCUAUCGGAAGAGACACACAACCUACACGAACACCCCACACCUAUACCCACCAACCCACACCCUAAUGAAUGUAAGUUUUGAGUUGAAUUUUUAUGGUUUCCUCUCAUCGUUCAUAGCAACCAUGAACAACAGGCGCAUUUAAGACAUCAAAAAUCAUGGAUAGCCAUGCAUUGAUUUGUCAUUGUCUUCAAACGAUCAAGUUAUAACUUUGGAAAAAAAACCAACAUUAAUGUGUUUCCAAUUUUAUCGUGAUAUACAUAUGUAUAAGUGUGUUGAAAUCUACUGUAUAUAUACUAAAUAUGUACAACAGGCUUAUUUGUCAGUUAAAUCAAUGGUUAGAACAAUAAUAAUAUCAAAUUGAGGAAAAUGAAAUACGGAAAUGUCCACUUUUUAACUCUAACAGGGCUGCGCUGAUAAGCUUUUUAACAAAACUCUUUAUUCUAUAUUUACUAAGAAAGAUCAAUCAAAAGAAAAUUUUGCUAAACUUGAUUUUUUUUUCAGGAACUUCUAGUUCAUCAUAUAUUAAUUAAUAAAGAUUAUUUUGAUAAAAUUGAAAAACAAUUAUUAAAUUCUGAUUCUCAAGUUUCAUCUAUAUCUUCUGUUAUUCAAUUAUCUCAACCAUCAUCAUCAACAGUAAUAACUAUUUCUGAACCAUAA